UAACUACUUUACACCUUAGUCAGCCUCUCUUGACUGGGUACUCGUCCGUAUACGCUAUAGCAUCGCCUUUGGGUUUAUGGGGAAUAAUUGGAUCUUCGCAGAAUAGAACAUAUCUAGUGUCCCGGUAUAUGAGAGAUCACUGGUUUGCAACCGUUAUGCUGACAAUAGCCGAUGCAAUUAAAGUUGUAUUUUCGUUUCUCCGCGCGGAUAAUACGAUAAAU